GCUCCCCAAAUUCCCAUUUAAAAUGCACACUACGGCAUACGAAUGUAAAUGCUCCAUUUAUAGAACCAUUGUAACAAUUUGUUUAAGCUAGUCACCGAACAUUUGUUUCAGUACAGUUCCCGCUUUGUAUUGCUGAUUGAAAAGCAGCUCUUUAAGUAUAACUAUAUACAGCCAUAUACAUUUCAUACAAUGGAACAGCUCAAGAGUUACCAGGAGGAAGACUUCCGCUUGGGGAACCUACAAAAUGACCUAUGUAUAUACAUAAGUCGAAUUGGUGGUACCGCGGCAUAAUGUAAUUCUCCAAAAAAUUCAGUUCAUUCUGUGCCACUUAAGGUCGAGAGCCGAAUUUCGAAGUUGGAUUAGUCACUAUCGAUCGCACAACGCGAUUAGAUUCGCCAUGUUCGCUCCGAUAGAUCCUGUAAAGAUACCCGUUUUCAGCGAUCCAUGGGUCACCAUGGUCACGUUGAGUGGCUAUCUGCUGUUUGUGCUCAAGCUGGGCCCCAAAAUCAUGGAGAACCGAAAACCCUUCCAUUUGAGUGGCGUCAUCAGGGUCUACAACAUAUUCCAGAUCCUUUACAAUGGCCUAAUACUCGUUUUAGGAGUUCACUUCCUGUUUAUCCUGAAAGCCUACCAAAUCAGCUGCAUUGUCAGCCUGCCGAUGGAUCACAAAUACAAGGAUAGAGAGCGUUUGAUUUGCAUUUUGUACAUGCUGAACAAAUUCGUGGACCUUGUGGAAACGAUUUUCUUCGUGCUCCGCAAGAAGGACAGACAGAUAUCCUUCCUGCACGUCUUCCAUCAUUUUGCGAUGGCAUUUCUGGGAUAUCUCUACUACUACUUCCACGGCUACGGUGGUGUUGUCUUUCCACAGUGCCUGCUAAACACCGCCGUCCAUGUGAUUAUGUACGCCUACUACUACCUAUCCUCGAUCAGCCAGGAGCUGCAGCGAAGUCUCUGGUGGAAGAAGUACAUCACCAUUGCCCAGCUGGUUCAGUUCGGCAUAAUCCUGCUUCACUGUACCAUCACGCUGGCACAGCCAGACUGCGCGGUCAACAGACCUUUGACCUACGGAUGCGGAUCGCUGUCAGCGUUCUUUGCCGUGAUAUUUGGCCAAUUUUAUUUUCACAACUACAUAAAGCCAGGAAAGAAGUCAUCGAAACAGUCAGCGAUUCAUUAAAAUCUUUGUGAUUAAAAAAAUUAACUAAAUUUAAACUAAAUCAUGAGUAAACAGCCUAAUUAAUCCCAAAACAACAAUAGCCGCUGUCUAUUUUUGAAUA